CCGCUCGGCCCGCACCCAUCUCGACAUUGUUUCAAUCACACACACUUCAGACUCUUGUCCCACGCAAUCUUCAAUCUCACAACACACACAAUCAGACACGCAUAUCAACCGGGCACAACUAGGCCAUCGUUCCUCAGACCUCUACUAGCACCGCAUCUAGAGUCCCAAAUCAAGCUCGCAACACUCCCAUCUCACCUGGUCAGCGCUCCACACCUCAAUCACCAUGAAGGUCUACUCGCUUUCCGUGCUCUCCGUCACCUCGGGCACCCCCGCUCAGGCUACCCUUCUCGGCACUGCCCAGGACCUGGCCAGCUUCUCCUUUUACCAGCGCGGUAGCGUUGGAGAGUUCAUGACCUUCUUCACAAAGACAGUCGCAGAGCGCACGCCCCCGAACCAGCCUUCGUCGGUCGAGGAGAACAACUACAAGGCGCAUGUCUUCCGCGUCCCCGGUCGCACUCCCGGCGGGCUCGGUUUGGCCGCGGUCAUGAUCACAGACAUGGAGUACCCUUACCGCCCGGCAUUCUCGCUCCUCACCAAGCUGCUUGACGAGAACAACUCGCUUCUCACUCAGCUCCCCAACCCCUCGGCCGCCCCAUCGCUCUCUGCGGCCUCCGCGUCCGCCUUCGGCGGCAACCCUUCACAGAACGCCGCCGGCGGCCUGGCUCCUGCUCAGAAGGGCAAGCUUGAGGGUACGUUGGCGACGUACCUCGCCAAGUACCAGGACCCAAAGCAGGCCGACACGAUCAUGAAGGUCCAGCAGGAGUUGGACGAGACGAAGAUUGUCCUGCACAAGACGAUUGAGUCAGUUUUGGAGCGUGGCGAGAAGCUGGACAACCUUGUCGAGCGCUCCAACGCGCUUUCGGCGCAGAGCAAGAUGUUCUACAAGACUGCCAAGAAGCUCAUUGUACGGCGUUUACAUGCGCACCGGCCUCGCUUCCAUUGCUUGACCAACGUAUACCGCAUGGCCAGCAUGUCGCAGCAUCAAGAGAUCAUUGUUCUCUCCGACGCGUCCGACUCGGACGAUGACAUUGCCAUUGUCGGCUCGACGCGUGCUCGUUCGACGUCGCCCUUGUUUCUCAGUCAGCGAGUCGCAAGAACACAAGUCCAGGUCGUAUCCUCGUCAGACGGGCCCAAUCCAUCGUCGGACGGGUACGACAUUUACGCCGCAAUCCGCGACUUGGGAGGCGACGACCUCGACGACCACGCCCCACCGUGGGAACGCGCAGGCCGCUCACGGCUCUCCCCGCUAAGGAGAUCACCCAGCCGUGGUCUUGAAUCUCGCCCGCCGCCAGCUGCGUACUAUGGCAGUGCUACCGAGUCGUUCGGCCCCUCGGCCAUUGCUGGACCAUCUCGGCGACCAGCCCGCGCAGCUGGUGGAUCAGGGGACCGGCGUGGUGACGAGCAACAACGGCCAAAGCAAAGGAGAUCAGCUCUCGACUCCGUCGACCAGUUCAGCAACCGAAGGUUCCCAUCCGUGUCUGCGCGAGAAGGGAGCCGAACGCCGACCCCGACAAAGACGAAGAAGCGCAAGGCGCCAGCUGGCGCCGAGGGAGCGUCGUCAAAUCGUACCCCUACUCAUCCUGAUGAAGCCGACACUGGUGAAAGCCCUCGAGCCAAGAAGAAGCGAGAGCGUGAAGAGGCGAAAGAAGCAGCAAAGGUGGAGCGCGCGCGUGCGCGGGACGAGGCAAAGGUAGGUAAUGCUGCCUGCUCAAGGACUGAACAUGAGGCCGCCAAGGAAGCAGAAAAGUCGUAUCAGACAAAGGUGAACGACGUCAACAAGCUGCGAAUAUCCAAGACGGACGCGUUGCGGGAUAUCGAGGUCCAUCUCGCCCAUGACCUCUCCCUGCCGUCGGCACCGAUUGCAGGCGCUCUCCCCGAGAUCAAGACUCGCCUCGAGGCCUCAAACUCCACGAUCCACACCAUGUCUGAGACGGAUACAGUGGUCGGAGCGACGAUACGAUUCUUGCGGCACAUUAGGGCUGAAUGGGACACCAACACCAAGAGAUACAUUCCAUUGGACCAAGAGCGGACAGAGUGGGACCCCACUGUGGUCCUUGUCUGCUCAGCAGACGACGUUGUCGACCUCGUCGCCGAGGGGGGCGAGGCCCUCGUCGAGUGGCUUGCGGAUCUCCGCCUGACUCUCCGCCUGAAGAAGGAGGACCAAGUGAUCCUUCUCGUACGCGGUCUGGACAAAUAUCACGCCAAGACGAAAUCGCUGGCCGACCGAGCGUUCAGAGACGCCGCGCGUGCGGGGCUCUCGGGCGGUCAAUCUGGCCCGUCUUCGAUCCUCGCCACGCACGGGCGUGUGGACAAGUCCGUGGUGGAGGCCGAGCUUCUGAGGGCACAGCUUGUCGAGAUGGUCUUUGUCGUUCAAGUGGAGAAGACGGAAGAGAUUGAAGACUGGGUCUUCAACCUGGCGUGCGAUGUUGCUUCCCGACCUUUCAAGCUCUUGUCCAAGUCGCACCUGCCCUUCUCGGCUCCAGACCACCCCCGCAAGGCGGCUGAGCCGGCCGAAACCCUCGAGCUGAUGCUGCAAGAAGUUCAAGGCCUGACGUGGUCGGCUGCCGGCAGCAUCGCAGACCGCUUCCCAUCCUUCCGCAGCCUCAUGGAGGCGUACGAGGAUGCGGAAGUCGAGGGCGCUUUCGCCGCCGAGGAGAUGGUGGUUGGGUGUGAGGUUCGCAGUCUCAAGAAUGGCGCGCCAAGCGAGCGCCGUAUCGGCAAGUCCCUCUCCAAGAAGCUGUACCACGUAUGGCGAGGUACCGACCCGCUCGCCUUGACGUAGUGUACUGUGCACUCUGCGGGCCUAACUUGUUCAGCCAGACGCAGCUGGUAUCUUGCCUAUCCGUGACAACCGUGGU